AUGGCCGUCUCUCCCGUCGUCACAGUCACCCAAGAGCAGAUGCGAACCCUAGCAUCACCGCUCAAGAACCUCGCCUCAGGGCCAAACUCAUCCAAUGGAACGCCGAAACCCGCCGUCGUGGCUCCAACAUCCGGAGUCACGCUCCCCCCAACCAUGGACCUCUCCGAGCAGAUGAAUGAGGAUGAGAAGCGAAAAUACGCAAAAGGCAAAAAACUCGGAGAAGGAACCUACGCCAUAGUCUUCCUCGGGCACCUCCGCUCCAAGCCCUCCACCCUCGUGGCCAUCAAAAAGAUCAAGAUCCAGAAAGAAUACACCGAGGGCAUGGCCCCCGACGCCGUCCGCGAACUCAAACACCUCCAAGAACUACACCACCCAAACAUCAUCUCCCUCCUCUCCGUCUUCUCCUCCAAGGACCAGAACCUCAACCUCGUGCUCGAGUACCUCCCCCUCGGGGACCUGGAGAUGCUCAUCCGCGACACCGACCGCGUGCGCUACGGCGCCGCCGACAUCAAAGCCUGGAUGGGCAUGCUCACCCGCGCAGUGUGGUUCUGCCACGAAAACUUCGUCCUGCACCGCGACAUCAAGCCCAACAACUUGCUCAUCGCCGCCGACGGGGAGGUCAAGCUCGCUGAUUUCGGUCUCGCGCGCAGCUUCGCAGACCCCCACCAGAACAUGACCUCCAAUGUCAUCACGCGCUGGUACCGUCCCCCGGAGCUGCUCUUCGGCGCAAAGCACUACUCCGGCGCCGUGGACGUGUGGUCCGUCGGCACCGUCUUCGCCGAACUGGUCAUGCGUGCGCCCUUCCUCCCCGGCAACAAUGAACUCGAUCAAAUUAAAAUGAUUUGCGAGGCCAUCGGCACCCCAACAGAUGAUAACUGGCCGGGCGUCACGAAAUUACCGGAAUACACCGUCCCAGGACAACAUCCCGUCCACGGCAAAGACUGGUACGAAGCACGCUUUGGAACCGUAGGAACAGACGGCGUAGAUCUCCUCAUGAAGACAUUGUCACUAGACCCGAAGAAGCGCGUCACAGCAAAGGAAAUGCUCCGCCACAAGUGGUGGCAUUCGGAGCCGAAACCUACUCGAAAGGAGGACCUGCCGCGGAAAACGAGCGGCGCAGAAGAAAAGAUUGGUGCGGAUCUAAAGAGGCGGCCUGGCGUGGUAGAUGACGAUAGGGGUGCAAAAGUGGCGAGAAAGUUGGAUUUCGGGGGUCGCUGA